ACAAGCCAGUGCGGUGGAGGCGCAAGGUACGACCACGCUGGUUCGUGCUUGUUCGACGAUAAAAAUCUCCCGAUCCGCGGCUCGGUCAGGCUCUCUGGCACUGGCAGUGGUUGUCUCGUAUCUCCGGGAAUUUAGUCAUUGCAGAAGCAUCCUCACCGCUGCGCUAGUCCACACCGAGGCGGCGGACACUUUUUGGAUGGCCUGGUCCUGGCUUAGUUUUCCCAAUAGUUUUUCGUUCCGAUCGUGAACGAGAGUGAAGGUUGCUGUGCAGUUCCGUGAUAAGAGGCAUACCUUUCGAGUGUUGUUCCGAGAGAAGUGCCGAUAAAACCGAGCUAACCCCUAGUGAUGCUGUGACCAUGAAGCUGCAACAUUAAUCUAGCGCUAAUGGGGUGUGCUGUGUCCUCUGCUGGCGCUUUUAUCGCGCCACCCGUGUCGUCGACCGAUGUCAGUGCUCCUGUGGUGUACGUUCCAGGCGAAAGGCGCUGAACUGGAAACCAAUUGCAAACGAACGAACGAACGGGAUGAAAUGAGUAACAGUCAACUGGAGUUGGUGUUCAGUUUACACAGUUGGGGCCUCGGGGCAGAUUAGGUGGUUAGGGCGGUCCCAGAUGUAAUCCAGAUGAAGGCCUGGACUGCCUGGUGUCAUACGGAUGAUUUGCGACGAAUACUCGACAGUCAAGUGCGCGCAUCCAGUCAGAUCCUGUUUGGUGCAGUACAGUGACUUCCUCUACCGUGACGAAUAACUGCUGUUUGGUGGAAAAAGGUCAGAAAAAGGUGAAAAUUGAACGAAUUUGAUCGCCUCAAAAACACACGCCAAGAAGGGGGCGUCCUUCAGACGCAGUAUCCGGAUAAGUAGGAAUCCCUUGUUGGAACGUGAUAUCAUUGCAUAAAAAUCCAAUCAGAAAGGUUAUCCGAGAUCAACGGAAAGGGGGUCACUGGUCGGGUCAGGCCUUUCGGCGCUAAGCACAGCACAGGUAGCAUGAAAUGCAAUUUAAGCAUGUUGAGGCGCCGAAAAAGGACUCCCUUUCGAAUCGACUCGUAUCGCUUCGCUACGGUAUUGGACCACUUCAGUAAUAGAUUUGGUUCGAUUCGUUGACCCUUCGGCCACGAGCCCGCUGUGCUAUCCUUGGUUCUACGCUACUCGGUUUUGCUUCGCGGAUAUUUUAUACUAUAUCGUUCGCCGGUGGUGCCGAACGGCUUAUGCUUGAGUUUCAGCACCGCGGCACUUCGACGUCUUCCAGCUUACGGAUGGCUGAGGCAACAAGAAGCUUUCCUCAUCAUCAUUUCAGAACAUCGGCACACAUGGCGCACGACUACAAGCCACUACUGGCCACCGAUCGGCGAGUGACGGCGAUACGGAAGAAGAAGCUGCGCUUCAAGAUACUGUUACUCAUGGGUACCGUUUCCGCCUGUCUGCUGUACGCAAUCGAACGACCUUUCUGGUGGGAUUAUACCGCCCUGGAGACCCCUCUGUGGAACGAGGCGCUCGAGACACGUGACGACGAGCAGCACUUCAACUACAACAGCUCGUACUUUGUCAACACGAUCGGUUGCAAGAUGCCGAGUUUUCCGGUGUUGAACGAACAGAUACAAAAGUUUGUCGAGGUACCAGAACCGAUCGAGUGUACCCCGUUGUUGCUGGAAUCGGACGAGCGGUGGCUGUGGUUCCGUUUGCCGGAUGAAGAUAUCGAGCGGCAUUAUAACCUCACGAACGCCAGCCUCAUCCAGUGCUGUGUGCAACCAUUCGAACGGGUUACGGACGACGAGGAACGUCAGGUGGGCAACGAAAGCUGUUUCGCGUAUCCGGAGCGGUUCCGCGUAACGGACCUCGAGUUUGUAGAGGUUCACUGCCAGCAUCCAAUGCUGAAGGACGGACCCUUCUAUCGGGAUUAUUUCGCAUUCGUACCCCGGAAACCGGCGGUCGAGGAGCGAGUUCGUGGCCACCGGCAACGUGAAGCAUCCGAACCGCAGCUGAAUGUGAUGGUGCUUGGGUUGGAUUCCGUCUCGAGAUUGAAUCUUCAUCGGCAGAUGAACGCCACCGUCGACUAUCUGUUGAACACACUGAACGCGAUAGAGAUGUUCGGCUAUAACAAGGUAGGGGACAAUACGUUCCCCAACAUGAUACCGGGCUUGACCGGUCUGGAUGUGGAUGAGCUAAGUGCGGCCUGUCUGCCGAACACGAGCAGUACCUUCGAUCUGUGCCAGUUCGUAUGGAACAAGUUCCGUGAUGUAGGCUAUCGAACGGCAUACGCCGAGGACACGUCAGCGCUGGGGACGUUCAAUUACUGCAAGAAAGGCUUCCGGGUGCAACCCACCGAUUACUAUUUGCGGAGUUUCUACCGGCAGAUGGAAUCGAACGUCGGGUAUAACAAAAAGCUGAACGCCAAGCUGUGCCUCGGCGGACGUACCCCAACGGUGGUGCUUCUGGAUUACGCGAGAAAGCUGGUGCGAAGAUUUGGCAUCGGCGAGCCGCUGUUUUCGUUGCUGUGGGGUGUCGGCAUGACACACGAUUUCUUCAACAAUCCUGCACUCGUUGAUGCCGACUAUCGGAGAUUGCUGGAGUUUAUGAGCGAUGAGGCGGGGUACUUGAACCGAACGGUGCUUAUUCUUAUGAGCGAUCAUGGCAUACGAUGGGGUUCCUUCCGGAACACAUACCAGGGAAUGAUGGAAGAGCGACAACCCUUCCUGACGUUCGUCCUUCCACCGUGGUUCCAAUCACGCUAUCCGACGGCAUACCGCAAUCUACGCCAGAACCGUCUUCGGUUAACGACGCAUUUCGAUCUGUACGAAACGCUCAAGGACAUUGUGAGUCCAAGUCCGGGCUUAGAAACGGACUCGAUUAGAGAGCGUGCGGUCGAGCUGAUCGAGAGUAAACCAACUCCACGGGGCAUCAGUUUGUUUCUGCCCAUACCGGUGACUCGAACGUGUGAGGAUGCCGGUAUUGCCGCGCACUGGUGCACGUGUCACGAUCACAAGACGUUGGCCAAAAAUGAGCCGCAGGUCGUACAGGCGGCACGGUUCGCGUUGGAUCGGGUAAACCAUCUGCUGCUGGAGUAUCCCCAGUGCAGUGUGCUGCAUCUGAAUUCGAUCGAGGACGCGAGUGUCGGCAUGUCGCCGGAAAACAUUACGGCCAAACACAAGUUCAGCGACAUCAGCGUACGGUUCGUGACGAAACCGGGCGAGGGUGAGUUUGAGGCCACCGUUCGUAUCGAUUCCAACAACAACAGCUUCCUAACGGGCACGGUCAGCCGGACGAACCUCUACGGCAAGCAGAGCUACUGCGUCGAUGACUAUCGGCUAAAGCUGUACUGUUUCUGUGGACUAUAGCAUCAGCGGUCUCGGGUGAAAGGGGAAGCCAGUAUAUUGAAAACACCACCACGGUACACGCCGGGUCGUCGCGUGUCCCGUGCGGAUGAUCGAAAAUCAAAAAUCCAACGUCGCGGUUCCAAUGGAAACAGGAGAUAGUAAGCGAGAUACGAGUAGUUUAUCGGUCCCAUCGCAAAGGUAGUUUGUGGGGUGGGCUACAGACAACGCGGCGAGCUGGAGCGAGGUGUAGAGCUUUCGUCAACGGAAGGACACCUUGCUUCGCUUUGUCCUUCGUUUGCCACGUGCUUCCGUUUUAUCCGUAACCAG